AUGGGCUCAACACGAGUGCGCAGUUACAAUUGCACCUCGAAUGAAAACAGGGACGACUCAAUUGGAAAGUUCCCCUUGUUGACUGAUGGCUAUUCUCCACCUUGCAGCAAAUUCGAGUUGGAAACGAAACGCCACAACGUUUGUGUGGAAGGAGAUCUCACGCCAGGAAACUUGUCAGAGUCCAUUGUCAUUUCAGCAUGGGCAUUGACCCUAUCAAUAUAUAUUGGCACAUCCAAAGUUUCCUUUCAUGUCCUGCUCAAGGAUGAAUCCCAGUGGCGAACUUCGAUAUUCCAUAUAGAUGCCAGUGAGAAUCAGACACAGCAACAGUUCGUUCAGAAAUCACACAGUUUGCUCCAGAAGCUUAAAUCGGAGAGCAUUUCGAAUGAAGAAGUUGGAGACCGCGAGAUUCUUGAACAACCAGUUAAUACUGCAAUUCUGAUCGGUCAUGUUUCGAGUAGAGUGGAUUUAUCAACCCUGAAAUUUGUAAAGGUAUUUCCAUUUUCCCUCUACUGUUCAACAUCGAUAGUGGCUGACCAACGCACUUGA